AUGCCGGCGGAGAGCGGGGACCCAAGCGAGAAGCUGUGGUCGCUCGUGCUGGAUCUAUCUGCGCAAGUGGCGGCGAAUCAGAAGCUCGUCGAGUCGCUAAAGAAGCAGUUGGAGGAUUUACAAGGCCAGGCCAUUCAUUCCAAAACGGGCUAUGCGCUGCGCCGCUUUAAUGUGGACUUAUCGCAAGAGGCUUUUCUCACGCAGGUAGAGCGGCUGAAUGCACAGCUUGCGAACGAGAAUACUCUCCUCUCGCACGAGUCGAAGCAACUUGGCACGCUACUGCGUGAGUGUGAAAGCACACUCGAGACGGUCAUGGGCAAGUUCCGCGCGUUUUCACAUGCGGCGCAGCAGCAUGGCCUGGACCUGUCUGCCUACUACGAGAGCCGCCUCGAGGCGCAGACACGCAAAGUAGAUGAGGCGUCGGAGCGUGAGAGCCAUGCCAUGUACAAUAUGCACCAGCGUCUUGGAGACCUUGUGCGCGGCGCGCUCCAAUCCUUCGAUGGCGAGGACGAGCUGGGCAGUAACGACGCUCUGGAGCAUGCUACUGAGCUAGAGCACCUCCGUCAAGAAAACGAGACACUGCGUCUCCUUCUGGGCAUGCGCCAGGGGGACGCGAAUGUGGCUUCAGACGCUACGGCGGAGCGUAGCUCAACCACAGACCUCUCCGUGUCUCGGACGCAGGCGCAAGAUACCUCCGAGACCGCUGUACCAACACAGCCGAUCGUCGAUGAAGUCGAUGCGGGCGUACCGGCUUCCACCAACUAG